AUGGAAGUCGAGAACGCGCCGGAUACGGGCCAGAAGGAGCAUGACACCCAAAGGGUUCAAACUCCAACUCGCGACGCGUCCAACGCGUUUAUAAAUCCAGUCGGGCCCCAGGAAGCGAUCAGAACGAACAACCCCUCUACCCCCCUCACCUUCGAUAAAGAGAGCCUCAGUCAAGGGCUCACCCAAUCCCCGUCGAUUCUGGUCUCUGACCUGGGCAACUUCUCCAAGAAGAGAUCCAGGUUGGACUCGGCCGGUGUGACCGCCGAAAACCAGGCUACGGAGCUUACAGGCACUCCUAGAUCGAAUCGAAUCUCCCAUCUCUGCCCAGGAACUUCUGAAUCCAAAUCUCUCAAGGAGAUAGUCAGCAAGCUCCUGGAGGUUGUUAAAGCAGGUUUUCCAUUAGCCAACAAAGCGAAAACUACAAAGAAGAUCACAGUCGAUGUUGAAACGGCCGCGGACAUUCUGGUCCUAACGGGUGCUGUGUACGAUCAAGUGAUGUACGAAGACGCUCGUCGAAAUUUCACUACCCCAGCGGCCCUGAUGGGACCAAACCAAAAAAGUCGCUCCAUCAUAUUCAAAGGAAAAGAGACUGAAGACAAGCUGGAUGCGAUCCUUGAGAUCCUAUCGCUUCAAGCAACAUUGACAGCUAAACAAACGGCACAACAACAAAAGAAGGGUCCUCCAACCCAAUCAUAUGCACUAGCGGCAUCAAAACAUGCUCCAUCUAAUAACGGACACACCACCGCGGGCAAAUCAACGCCACAAGCGAAGACGCAGUCUCAGAGGCAGACCCCAAAAGCCAAAUCAACAAACGCUAUCACUCUGGUACAUGAACCAGGUGCUAACAUAACACACCCGACUCUUUCAAAUGCAAAGCUGAUCCACGAGUUAAACACAACUUUCAGAGCUUAUCAAAUCAAAAUGAAACCUGAAGACGAGUCAACAAUUGAAAUCAAGAGCCACACGCAGCUAAAGUCAGAGCUCUACCGCGUACUUGGUUACAAGGUUUCUCUAAAACAUUAUCUUUGA